GGCCCAUUCUCGUGACUGCUUCCUCGACUCGAAAAUCCUCCGAACAGAACGCAGGCAGGCGGCGGCGGAGACAGGAUCAGGUUCCUCGCGGCCGGCGUUAAGUAGGGCGGCCGCCCUACAUCGUCCCACCUGUAGGUACGACACUGCGCCGCUUGAAGGAGGCUUUGCGGCGAUGGACCGGGUCGGCGGCGGCGAAAAGCAACUGGAGGAUUGCACAGUAGCCAAUGCUCUAGGAACUUGGUUCUUCUCAGUUGCGGGUGCUCUUGUUGCUAUUCCUGUGGGCAUAAAGAAGAAAUCCUUAGCCCCACUCGUCUUCUUCGGCACUACUGGAACCAUGCUGGACAUUAUCAUGGGCAUUACCCAGUGUGAGCGAGAGCAUGCUGAGCGGGAAAUGAAGAUUUUGGAAGCCCAGAAAUUUUCGGUCGAUGCUUCAGCUCAGAACGAAAGCUCUGAUUCCUUUGGCAGUGCUGACAAGUGAAACACUUCUCCUGUUUUCCCUCACUUGUGACCUGGCUUCACCUCUGUUAAUUAGAGUUGUUGCUCAGAUGCCAAUUUGACACCUUUAAAUUUCUGAAUACACUAUUCCUACUCCCUCAAUAACGUGCAAUUGUGCAUUUGAUCAACCAUUAGUUUUUAUAUAUAUUGUGAAUUGAAAACAAAAUAUAAAAGGUUCAGUCUUGCUCCUCAAGCAAGAUUGCCACAUGGUGAAAAUAGC